AGACAUUUGGGCUUGUAUCUCCUACUCUAUAUUUGUAAACAACACUCCUUCUCGAACAAUGAACGGCUGCUGCAGUGAGUGACGAGCGCGAGGAAGUUCAGGGGAGAAGCCCCUUGACUGGCAUCGACUGCACCGGAUCCAAGAGGCGUCGCGGUAACGUUUUCGUGCUUAGAUAUGAAGAAUGAUUAAAAGAAGAUGGCAGACCUGCAAACUUUUUUUGGGAAUAUUGAUUACUCUCACCUUCUUCUAUGGAUGGUAUCAAAAGGUAGAUGAUAUUGUGGACCUUGAAACCUGCCCAGCAUGCUAUGGACAGACUCUCUGCAGCACCCUUGUAGGUCAUGAGGAACCUCUCAGUGAGAGACUUCAGCUUACAAGUUUUUCAAAAUGGAAGAUCAUGAACCUUAUGAAUGUGAAGAACGUUUUUUAUGGAAAGAUGAGAGAUGUGCCAGUUGUGCUGAAGAAAUUGGCACACAAUUCAGAACUAAAUGAUUUUGAUGAAAAAAUGCAAGACAGCUGAGCAACCAGAGAACUGCAGCAUAUCCCAAGCCUUAAAGGUAUUGUUAGCAAAGGAUGGUCAAGAUGUACUCCAGGUUGUUAGCAAAUAUCCAGACUUGUUUCAGGCAAGUGAUGCUGUAAAAUGCAACCAUAGCAGAACUGUGGAGGUUUUGUAUGAAAGCUUUAAGAAGACAGACAGAGGCCCUUAUCAUCAGCACCAUUUCCUCACUAUGUUAGCAGUGAACAUAGAACCUCUUGUAAUAAUGACCUACCAUUCAAAUUUCUUUCCAAGAUUUAUUGGUACUUGCGGUAGAGUUAUAGUAGAAGAUUAUGUUGGACCUACACUGACAGAACAGGGCGAUGAACCUUGGAUUGUACGAGCAGAUUAUGCCCGACAGUUGCUGGAAAUGGCACAGCAGUUUUCUUCUGGAACUUUUGCCCUCUACUUGACUGAUGUGUCACUUGACAACUUUGCUGUCGGUGAUGAUGGCAGUGUUAAAGUUAUAGAUGCCGAGAACAUUGUUAUUGUUGACACAACUUCCAGAGGACUCAGUAAGUAGGAAUUUAGAAUGUUGU